AUGGGGGAACACACUCCAGCACCAUCUCCAGGCCGCUCCUAUUAUGGCUUUGCCUUGUACCUGUUGGGCUGGGCUGGCAUUAUUAGCUACUUGGCAUGGGCUCUCAUCCCCCAUAGCUACUUGGCAGCACUUGGACUGACAUACAUCCCCCAGCCCUACUGGGCACUCGCCUUCCCUAGUGUCAUCAUAACACUUGUUUUAAUAUUUGUCUUCUUCAUAUACCCCUCCCUCAACUUGAUUUUGGCUCUUCCUCCCCAUGAUAUUAGAAACAUUACAGAUAAUAUGGCCAUGAGAGAGGAAGAUUAUCCAAGGGUUGAAGAGUAUGCAAACAAAUCAAUAAAGCUGAUCCUGUAUGUGACUCAUUCAUUUGCCUUCAUGUCAACCUUCAAAUUAAAUAAUGUAGUUCCUUAUGUGUAUUUUAUGGGAUGA